GGCGCGCUCGGCGGAACAAUGCGGGCGGAGGAGGGCGGCGAGGGCCGGGCCGGGCUGACGGCGCUCCGCUCCCCGCAGGCAGCCCCGAUGGCCAAGCAGCCCCCCGAGGAGAAGGCGCGGCGCGGCGGGGAGGGCGGGCGGCUGCCGGCGGCCGAGGGGCCGGGCCCGGGCGCGCAGCUGCGGCGCGGCGCUCCCGCCGCCCUGCCCGCCGUGUCCGCGCCGCGGGGCCCGCCCGCCAGCCCCGGCCCCUUCGCCACCCGCUCGCCGCUCUUCAUCUUCGUGCGGAGGUCGCCGCUGCUGCCGCGCUCCUCCAGCGGAUACUUCUCCUUCGAGGCCGAGCGCAGCCCCGCGCCCGCCCUGGGCUGCGACAAGGCCACGCAGACCCCCAGCCCGCCCUGCCAGGCGCUCAGCCACUGCCUCAGCGCCAUGGCUUCCCGGUGGCGAUCCCAGUCCCCGCAGGAGGAGGCGCAGCCGGAGCUCUGGAUCGCGCGGGAGCUGCGGCGCAUCGGCGACGAGUUCAAUGCCUCCUAUUGUCCACGCAGGGGGCUGUUGGAGCAGCAGGUGGGGAACCCCCAGGUGGUGAUGCUGCGUCUGCUGCGUUUCAUCAUCCGCCUCAUCUGGAGGCUGCAGUGAGCCCCUGGCUCAGCCCCAGGAGCCACCAGGACUCAAUUCCUCGUGGGAACGCCCAGGAAGGACAGACAGACGGAUGGAUGUGGGGCUCCCAGCCUGCCUCUCCCCCAGGACACGUGGCAGGAUCCCAUUCCCACAGCAGAGUGUUUCCCUCCACUCUUUUUAUUCAGUUUUGUUUUUUUUUUUCCUCAAAAGAGUCUCAGCGAAAAUUGUGUUUUGUCACCGUUGCUGGAAUCCUGUGGGAUGAGCCCCUGAGCCACCAGGUUUGCCUUGCAGAGGCUCAGAUUCCUCCCCUCUCCCUUUGCCUCCCAAAGAGGCUGGAAAAAGGGCAGGGGGAAUCAAUCAGCACUUCUUUUACCUGUAAAUACCUAAUGCUACCCCAAAUCCAACUUCAUUUGCCUCCUGUAAAUCAGCCUAUUUCCUGCUGACUGAUUUUUUUUCUUUUGGAUUUUGAUAUCUCCAUUUUUUUAAAUUUUUUUUUUUAAUCCACUCUGAAUUUCAAGACUUGUCAAACUCCAGGGUCCAAACCAUCACAACCAACCAACCAAACCCCAAGCCACCACCAGGUUGCCUUUUUUUAAAAAAAAACAAAAACAAAAACAAGGAAUUCUUUCUCUAAAAGGUGUGAGAACACUUCUGUGCUGUCUGCUCUCAGACUGGGGGACUGAGCAAUCCAGCAAUAAAGCAGUUCUGGAGGCAGGAGCAGCUCCUGGAAUGCUGGUGAUGGCAGCAGAGAGGUUCCCAAGAUUGUGUUUCCCUGGAUUCUCUCUGUGUUCCUGCUCCUGGAUGCAGAUGGGAUGGAGCCAGCCCGACCUGGAUCCGUGCAGGACAUUCCCAGCUCUGCUCUGUGUCUCCUCCCAGGUGUUCCCACUGUCUCCAGCAGAUGUUUUUUGGGAUGGGCUGCUCCAGCCAUCCCAUAUCUAUGCACAAACAUCUCCCUUCCCUCAGGCUGGUGCAGGUGCUCCCCAAAAGGGGACAGAAGGAAAGCCCCAUCCCAACCCCCCUUGGAGCAGGGAGAGGCUGCUGAGUGCCAUGGAUGAUAAUUAGUGUUAAUUGGGACCUCUCUGCACGAGUUUUAUUCCCUUUUUUCCCUUGGAAGUGCAAGGUGAGCAGCAGCUGCAGGAGCAGGGGAUGUUUUGGGGGGAACCUUUGCACUGGGGGGAUGGAGCAGUUCAGAUCACAAAGGAGCUUGGCCAGGGCACAUCCUGCUCCUCAUCCUCUGGCUCCCUGUGGGAAUUCCACUGGUAAAAUGAAAUUAAAGGGAUAAAACUCUGCAGCAGAGGUGGGGGGAACCCAGUGAGAUUUUUUUUUAUUAUUAUUAUUUUUUUUUGUUUGCUCCCAGUUUUGUUCCAUCAUUGCUGGUGGAUGAAAUGGUGCUUUGGGAUCUCCCAACCUUUGGCAUCCCAGAAUGUGUCCCUUGGAGUACACCAAAGAAUCACCAAAGAGCACUUUACCCCAUCCUCCCAUGGAGACAAAAACUCAUUUUAAGGGAAAAACAAACAAAAAAAAAAAAAAUUCAAGGUAUUGGCAAAAAUCAUAGGAAAAGGAACCCUCAAAAAACAGGAUUCCUGUGAGGUUUAGGGAAAAAAAAAAAACCAAAAAAGCCUCAAAACAGAAGAAUGCUAUAAACCAGGGAUUUCUGCUCCCUGCUCUGGGUCUGUAGCCUGUGCUCUGUGUUGCACCAAAAGGGUGAAGAGUUUUCCUUGGAAACCAGAUUGAUCCCAUUCUUGCUCCUCCUCUUUCCCACCAAACUGUAAAUACCCAAAUAUUUAUUAGAGUAGAGCAUCAUAUUAUUUUUCAUCAUCUGAGCCAAAUAUCUGUGUGCAAUGUAUUCCCUUCUCCUUUCUCUCCUGUAAGUUUUGUACAGCUUAAAAAUACUUUAAAAACCUAAAAAAAUAGCAAAAAAAAAAAUCCUGGUUUUUUUUCCUACACUUUUUUUUAGAGUUGAAUUGGUAAAUACUGUAGGUCCUUUUUUUGGUUUAUUUUGUUCUUUUUUUUUUUUUUUUUUUUUCCUGUGUAAUUAAUGCACUCUACUGUUUAAUGCUGUAACUUGUAGAAAUGUUGUAUAUUUAUUUCCUGCUUAUUUAAGUGAAGAUUUGGUUUCCUCCCUGCCAGAAUUGUUGGAUCCCUUUCCAAAGCCAUCGUGGUGUGGAUAACAAGAUUUUAAUCUUUUUUUUUUUUCCUUCAAGUGCCUAAGUCCCCACUUCCCAGGAGUGAUUUAGGCACAUCAAAGACUUCAGCAUUAGUGAAAUUCAGUGGGAAUUUGGAAUUUGGCUCCUCCAGCCCCCUGGGAUUGCUCCAGCCAGGUUUUUUUGGAGCACCAAUCCCAUGGGAUCGUGUGAAUCACUAAAUUGAGUAGCAGGACCCAGCAUAUGUAGCAUUUUUUGACUGCAGUUUCCCUGCCUUCCUUGUGUUUUGCACUGAUGAAUUUUGGACAGGGUAAUUGCCACUUUACUUGUGCAAUACUGCUGUAAAUAAUUGCAAGAGCCUUGGGUUGUUUUUUUUUUUGGGGGGGGGUUGUUUUUUUUUUUGUUUUGUUUUGUUUUUAAGGAUCUUUUAUGUUCUUGAUGAGUUUUAUAUGAAUAAAAACUUUCAACUAUUUGUCCUGACUGCUGGUUCUUUUUGACAAGGGGAUAUUUGUUGCUUUAUCACCAAUUUUCUCAUUUUUCCAGCCAUUCUCCCUCCAAGAUGCUCCAGGCCACCCCAAAAUGCAGCUCUUGAAUUAAUCUGCUUUGCCAGGUGCUGCCUUGAGUGUCCCCAACCCCAAAAAGCUGCUCCAGCUGGGAGAUAUUUGGGAAUUCCUUGGGAUUUUUUGGCUUUUCCUCACAUUUUUGUGGUCAUGUGCUCAAGCCCAGCUGAUGGGCACUUCCCAUGCACUUCUUGUCCCCAGCAGCUUUUCACUGGCAUUGAAGAAGUUUUGGGGUUUAUUUCAUUCUUUGUGUCUUGUUUUAUUAUUUAAUGCAUUUAUUAUUAUUUUGAUUUUGUUAUGGAACAUCACAUUUUUUUUCCCCUUUUAUUAUUUCACAUGGCAGUUUGUGUUUUAGAGUUUUAAAUCUGCUCCUAAAAAUUCCCAUCCCACCUUCCUUCUGCCUUGGCCCUCCAUCCCAUUUGUCCCUCC